AUGGCGCAUCGUAACCCAGAGGCUGCGACUCAACAGUGUCGACACCCCUUUGUAACGGCUACAACAGUCGACAAGAUCUACGGAUGCAUCAUUGGUUCUGCUCUCGGCGACACAAUUGGCCUGUAUACAGAAUUUAUGUCCAAGCGCGGAUCAGAGCAUGCGUAUUCUACCAGACAAUUCAGCCUCGUAGAGCCAGCAACGGAGCCGUACCCCGACGCUCAUCGCUCUCAGUUCGAGCCCUCUCGGCUGAAGAUAUGGGUGUCUAGAGGCCUGCCUGCGCUCGAUCGUCCCGUUUAUGACAUUGGAAUACUUGUUGGAUCUGUGGUGAACAACAGCCGGUUUCUGUCUAGUCCUCUUCAGUGCGCGACGGAUCGUUGGAUCAAAUCAUCUCGGCACGCCGCACCCAACGGAAGCCUGAUGCGCACGCACCCGAUCGGCGUGAUUGGUGUUUACGCACAAGAGGAAGAGACUUGGCAGCUGAGCGUGGACGUCGGAAGAACUACACACGUUGAUCCUAGAUGUGUUGUUGCAUGCUGCAUCUCCGUAGGCUUGGUACGAGGCUUGUUGCGGGGCGAGAUUGAGACCGAGGAAGACAUCAAUGCAGUUAUCGAACGCGCAUACGCUUGGGUACUCAAGCAGCCUGACCUUACGAAUCCUGGUCAGCCUACUGGCUUGGCUGAAACUGAGAUUCGACUGCAUUUGGAACGCCAGGAGUUCAAGAAGCAUGUGUAUGCGGAGACCCUGGAUGAGCUGCAGCUGGACAGCCAAGGCGAGAUUGGAUACGUGUACAAAUGUCUGGGGUCGGCCGUAUUGCUUCUCCGGCUCGCCUUCCGGCGCAUUACGAAAAGUUCGUUAGCUGUAGGCAUUGCGGGAAAGGCGCAGCUUUUUGAAGAGCUGAUGGUUGCCCUGAUCAUGGAAGGGGGUGACGCUGACACCAAUGGCGCAGCAGCCGGUGCGCUCCUUGGUGCAUACGUUGGAUAUGCGAACCUUCCGUCACAUUGGAAGCUAGGAAUAGCACAUAAUGAGUGGUUGAUGGCAAAGACCGAGCGUUUGGCAGUUGCAGUCGGGGUGGUUCGUGGCACCUUACAUCCUGAGGGGGAUGAAGCUGCUGACGGCGGCAGAAGGCCCACAAGGAAGGGCUAG